CUUGCAAUGGACCAAGACUCACACUGCCCAGCAGAAAGGGAACAGCUGGAAGCUGUAAGCAGGAUUACUACAUUUUCUACCACAAGUCCAUCUGAUGAAGAACAAAAUCAACCCAAAGCUGAGAUUUCAUGUCAAGUGAGAAAAGAAAACCCAGAAAAAGAUGAGCUGCAAGAUUCCAAUGCAACCCUAAGUCCUAACUCUGCGAUGACCACUAAGGAGCUUCAGGAAUAUUGGAGGAAUGAAAAACGCCAGUGCAGACAAGUCAGACUCCUUUUUGAAAUUCCAUCAACCAGAAUUGUAGAGCACCACUUAUCUAGAUACGUGAUGUAUAAAAUCAUCGUUUUGCAAACCGGGAGUUUUGACAGCAACAAGUCUGUAAUCGAACGGCGUUAUUCAGAUUUUGAGAAACUGCACAGAAAUCUGCUGGAGGAGUUUAGUGAAGAAAUGGAAGAUGUGACCUUUCCCAAAAAAACUCUAACAGGGAACUUCACAGAAGAAAUAAUAAAUGAGAGAAAAUUAGCUUUCAAGGACUACCUGAGACUUCUAUAUUCUAUGAAAUACAUCCGAAGAUCAAAAAAGUUUAUUGACUUUUUAACAAGGCCAGAACUUCAGGAAGCAUAUGGCUGCCUGCGGGGUGGCCAGUACUCCAAAGCUUUGGAAAUCCUUUUAGAAGUCAUUGGUCUGCAGGAAAGGCUGACAAGAGGCAACCCUGUCUCAAUCGUUCCUACUCUCUGUGCUAUCGUGGUGUGCCACAAGGACCUGGAAAACCCAGCAAGUGCCUUGGAAUAUGGAGAAAAAGCUCUAUCACACCUUCAUGUGCAUACCAACCACAGGUAUUAUAUUCCAUUGUUAGAAACAAUGAUCACUUUGGCAUAUGAACUUGGCAAGGAUUUUCUGUCUUUGCAAGAAAAACUGGAAGAAUGGAAGGCAAAAAAAGAUCCCAUACGGGUUUUUACCCUGAAAGAACUUGCAGUUCGGGAGUAUGUACAAUGAACACAAGAAACAAUUUCAUUAAAGAGGAAAGCUCCUUUUCC